CAUACCACCACCUGCUCCAGAUCAUUUCCGUUGCCGCCGUCUCUGCAAUUAUUGUAAUCUGGAGGGCAAUUCUCACCUCUGGAUGCCUUCUCAUGCUACAUGAGCGCGCGUUGCGACAUCUUGGCUCAGUUGGGAUAUACAACCUACGCGUAGGGCUCGGAACAGCACAGGCAGAACCAGGCAUUUCAUUGUUUGAGACCGGCAUACAAUAAUAGUGUGGUAUCGAAAGUAGUUUUAGUGCCUAGUGUUUGCACCUCGCGUCCAGUAAAACUGACGUCGGUUUUACGUUACGGUGAACAUUCCUGUAAUGCGCUAUAUGACAAUAUUGUUUUCAGUGAAAUACUCCGUUUUGACGACUUAUAUCCAAAUUACACCAAAUGGAUCGUGAUACCCCUUCUGCUUCAUUGUCAGCUGGACCUAUCCCGGGAAGCCAGGCAUACAUACCAACUCUACUUUCAACUAUACAUGCUACCCAUCCUUCUCUUCCUGUCGAUACCGUCGUGCUCCAAACAAUUCUCCUCUGCUUGAUUGCUCGCAUACCGAAGCCCCUUCCCAGUGUUUCUCGUUAUGACGUUCAUGGUGUAGAAAUCGAGGGAGGCAAGACCGCCAGGACGGGAAGCCUGGCGAGUUCAGGCGAUGCGGCUACUUGCGCGAAUUUGCUAUUACGUACAAGCGAAGAAGAUGUCAUACUUUUGGCACACAUUGUGAGCCUGAUAUUGACACAAGUCUUCGGCAUUCCGACGCAUAGACACAGGGUCCCGCUCAAAGCUGAUCGCAGUCGUUCGCCAAAGCCGAAAUCAUACUCCAGUUAUAGAGAUACGACUUCCUCGGUCGAGGCCUCUCUUCGUGCUCUCUUUUUUCGGCGACCAUCGCCCCUGUCUCCGGUGCGGACGAGUGCGGAUAUUACACCACGGACAGACAGUCGCACUCCAAUAUCAUCCUCGCACAGUACCCGGCGUUCACUCUCACAAACACCACGACCUUCUCCUCUCCGCCUUUCCUACUUUUCUGACCGAGAACCGUCGAAUGACGGGAGCACUCAACAUUUCGAUGACUUUUCACUGGCAUCGUCCAGACGUCCGUUCACGUCUCUGUCGAGCAAUACUCCGCAUUCCACUCUUCGCUCGCGCCGUGGAAAUACAGAGCGAGACCGCGAACCGCUCUCCCUGAAUCUAAAUAUGACCGGCUUUUCGUCACCGGAAGAAGUGUUAACUCCAACACCCAUGUCUAUUAUAGGGAGUAGAAGGCAACCCUUCGACAUCAAUGCCGCCGCGGAGUUGUUGGAGGAAGAAGUGCGUCCGCCGCUAUUGGUGUUGCCGAAAGCUGUGGUUGUCACGGGUUUGGAACAUCUAGGACUUGCAGAGCAAAGAGCGUUGCUGCAGGUUCUGUCAGAUAGGCAACUGGUACUCGAAGGAGAUGAUGGCGGUACAUGGGACUUGCCAGAUGACUUUCUUAUGGUUUAUGUGUGCAAAGCGGACAUGAGAGAGCGUCCUUCUCCCUUACGCGGCCUUCUGGACCAAUUCGCGAUGAGCGCAGACAUCACUCUCACGCCUUCCACUCACCAAGCGUAUGCCGCAUUUCGUGGCAUGCCGGGGGCGCCCGCAAGCGCAUCACCAAACAUUGCAUCGCGUUCUCUUCCUACUCACGUGGAACACCAACCCACGUCCCCGCUGCGGUCGCAACCCGCCCGACAAUUCUCGCUUCCGACCACCAUCCCCUCACAAACCACGAACUCGAUGCCGAUAGUUUCUACCGAUGACCUGGACCUCCUCCGUGCACUUGCAAGUCCAACGCCCAUGCCCAAGGCUUACGCGCAUACAUUCAUGCACCCGUCGCUCAGCAUGUACAUCCGCGAUCUCUUCUCGGCGACCCGUCAUCACCCCGUGCUGGACGGGACACUGCUCACGCGGCGAGCGCAUGAAGCUGCAGAGGCGUUCGCCCGUGCGUUCCGCGUCUUAGCAGGAGAUUCAGUAGGCGCCGAGCUAGUUCAAGCUGCCGGUUCUGUGGGCUUCGAGGUACCUACGAGCAGCGCAGGGAUGACCACGGAGAGUGCGAGUGCAUUCACAGGCGCGAGUUCAAGCUCGGAAUGGGGUAAGGAUGUCAACGGUGUUGAUUGGGUGGACAAGACGUCCAAAGAUGACGUGGGAGACACAAGUGACAGUCAAGAAGAAGGCGCAGUCAGAGUCAACCUGCCAUUUAGCUCAUCAGAGCUCGCAGAUUCUGCACCGUUCGUCAGUGAUAUCUCUCAAACUCCAGCCGAGUCAGCGGAGACCUGGGAUGUGUCGGAAGUGGACGUCGCGAGGGUGUUCCCGCGCGUCGUCUCCCACCGCUUGAGAGUGAGGGAUGGUCCUGACGACGAGUUAACGGGCAGCGUGAUGUUCCCCGCGGUUGACAUCCUCCCGGAGGGUUUCGAUGACACUGUGGGAGGUGAGGGGAAAAGAGACCGGAAGACGGUGAAGGAAGUGUUGGUAGAGAUUCUGGCUGAUGUUUGAUGCCAUCCUUUCCUGCGAAAGUCAAUCGUAGACUCUCCGCUGCGAGCACCUGUAACAGGUAUUGCAGUGGAACAGAUUUUCCUCCCCAGCCAGCACUUGGUUCAUAACCUGGUAUCCUUAUACCCGCGCGGAUUUGAAGAAGUUGUCUUGGUAUUGAGUUCCUCGCUCAUGACAAGGCACUCUUCUUAGAAGACAGAUAACUGAUAGCACAGCUCAUACGAUAAUUCUUUGGUGAUUUGGAACCCAUAAUGACGGCUGUGAAAUGCUGUUGAACUGCUCGUCACGAUGGUACGCUCUCAGCGGAAUCGCUUGGGCGUGUGUUGUUGGAGCAACGUGUGGAAAUUCACUAUGACGAAUGUACAUCAUAUCCUUGACAAGCCUGAUGCUAGUGACUCUGACGAUAGAGUCCCAUUUACAUCCAUGCCGAUCACGCAGGCUUAUAGUAUGAUCUUGAGACGAUACUAAUGCUGUUGAACGUCGCGACAGUCUCAUAUUCGC